UACGACAAUAGCAUAUCCCCUGCUACCCUCAUGAUAACAAUGUCGAGUAGUUUCUCGCAAGAGCUUCUCAUCUCCACUCUCGUGCUACUUGUCCCUAUGUACUUCUACUUUAGGUAUAGUAGUAGAUCAAAGAACCCAACAAUGCUUCCCACAAACUGGCCAAUAUUGCACAUGUUACCUUCCUUCCUGGCCAACUCCCACAACUUGCAUGACUAUCUCUCCAUAGUGCUUGCCGAAUCAGGCCACAACUUCAAGGCGCAUGGCCCGGUUGGGAGCGGGAUGCGGUUGCUCAUCACCUGCGACCCCGCGAAUGUACGACACAUCUUCACCACAAACUACACCAACUUCCCCAAGGGAGCAGAGUUUGCCGCCAUCUUUGACAUCAUGGCUGGUAGCCUCUUCACCAUUGAUGGUGCACCCUCUCUUCGGCCGCGCGCAAAAAUCCAGAGCGUGCUUAGCAGCCCACGGUUGGUUGCUAGUAUGGCAACUUGCUGCCGUGACAAGGUGGAGAAUGGCCUUCUACCAUUAUUUUCCCACCUGGCAAGCACCGGCACUCCGUUCGACAUGCAAGAAAUGUUUUCCAGGUUUAUGUUUGACUUGGCUGCCACACCUCUCUUUGGCGUGGAUCCUGGCCUCCUGUCCUUCUCCUUAGACAUGUCGAUGCCACCCAUGGAUGCCGCGGUCGCGAUGGACACGGUCAUGGAGGUGGGAUUUAUCCGACACUUAAUUCCAACCUCUUGCUGGAAGGCAAUGAGGCGCCUAAACAUCGGCUCCGAGAGGAAGCUUCGCACGGCGCACACGGUGCUAAGAAGAUUUGCUGCAGAGAUGAUCGAGGAGAGGAGUAAGAUAACUCUCAAUAGGGGAAGAUGUGCAUUGAGUAAUGAUGAUGAACACGAGGAUAUUCUAUCUUCCUACAUAAAUGACCCAGACUACACAGACAAUGACUUGCUCCAUGCGGUGCUCCUCAGCUUCAUGCUUGCUGGGCGGGACACGAUUGGUACCACUCUACCCUGGGUCUUCUACAACCUCGCCCAGAACCCUGGCAUUGUAUCAAUUAUCCGCAGUCAACUCUCACCCAUUGCAUCGCGCAAAGUACCCGCGAGUACGGGUGCCAUGAUGAUCUUUGAACCAGAGGAUACAAAACCUCUGGUCUAUCUCAGAGCUGCGUUGUACGAGACUCUUAGGUUGUACCCAUCGGCACCUAUUGAGCGCAAGACAGUGGCUGCUGGUGAUAUCAUGCCGAGUGGCCAUGAGGUGAAGGUCGGGGACACCAUCCUUAUAUCUCUCCACUCCAUGGGGAGAAUGGAAGACCUAUGGGGUAAAGACUGCCUUAACUAUAACCCGAAUAGGUGGUUGUCAAAGGAUGGCAACACCCUAAGGUACGUACCAUCUCACAAGUUCUUGGCCUUCAACUCAGGCUCGAGGAUCUGCCCUGGCAAGGAGAUUGCGGUUAUGCAGAUGAAGACCGUCGUUGCGACUGUGUUGUGGAACUUUGAUGUCGAGGUGGUGGAAGGGCAGAUCAUCCAGCCCAAGCCAUCUUGUAUACUACAGAUGAAAAAUGGAUUUAUAGUUAAACUGAGGAAGCGAGAAUUGUAA